AGGGUCGCGGAUUAUACGCCCCUCCAGCCAGCUGAGGGCGCUGUGGGGCGCUUACACAGACCCCCGUGGAGGGGGGAGGCAGUGUCCGGAAGAAGCUCUGCUAACAUGGCGGUUAUAUUUUUCACUCCAUGCUUUGGUUGUGAGUAUAGCGUUUAGGUGUAAUGACUGUUUUAAAGUGCGCGGCUGCAGAGAGGAGCAUGCUGCCGGGAUGCUGACGGCCGCGGCUCGGAGCUGACUCUGCGGUCCCUCCCCCCGCCGAUGUCUCUGCGUCCGUCCGUCUGUCCGUGUCGUGACUUGUGACCCAGUUUGGUUUGAUGAGCUCGUAUGGCAGGAACACAGAGUUCACAGAGUGACAUCUUAACCCAGCAAGUCUUGCUGGACUGGGAGACGGAAAAAAAUUAGCCCCUUUGAACAAACUUCAUAAAACCUAACAAUGAGUGGAGUAUCUGUGGCGGUAGAUGAGGAUGUGAUAAAACAGGACCCCGCUUUGGAGCCUCUCGCAGAGCCACUGCUGAUAAUCCUGUCCCCGCCUCCACCUUUCUUGCCUGUCUCCGGUGAGCCAGCCUUGCUUUGGUCUAAAUGGCUCAAAGCGUUCGAACACUAUGUCGAAGCACUCAGUGAAAAAGAGCUGGUCGACUCCAGUAAGUGUCUGCUCUUACAGAACUGCCUUGGCCCGGAGGGGCAGCGUAUCUUCACAACACUGAUUCAAAAUGACACCACCUACGCAGCAGCCAUAUCAACACUGACGGCUUACUUCAGCCCUGAUCACACCACUCAGAUGCACCGCCUUAAAUUCCACCAAAGGGCUCAGAUGCCUGGAGAGACUGUAGAUCAGUUUGUGUCUGCUUUAGAAGAGCUGCUCAGGCCUUGCAGUUAUGGACACUUGAGGGAUGAACUCCUCUUGAAUCAGCUGAUUGAGAAAACAAGCUACCCACAGCUCAGAGAGAGGCUUCUGACUGGGAGAGAAAGUCUGACUUUGACCACAGCGUUAGUUAUUGGUAAAGAAGUGGAAACCUUGCUAAAUGGAUCUCAGCUGUUUGAUAUUCAUGAAGUCAGCGUGGACAUUGGAGAUGAUUUAGAACCACCGGUUCAAAGAAAAGCUAAAAGAGGAAGGCCUCGCCGUGGGGAAAAAAGGUCAAAAACAAACUCGCGCUUGACUAAAACUCAAUCACUCAAACUCAAAGGUAACUGCUACAGCAAGGAUAAGCUCUGUAAUAAUGACAAUGAUGCAGAGUCUCAGACUACUAGUGAGACCAAUCUGACUUGCGAUAAUAAAAAUGGGACCUCAUCUUCAUCUUUACAAAAGCUGAACAAGCACGGGUGCAACAAAACUAGUUAUGGUUUUGAGGAUGACGACAACGCCAAUGAUGAGGACUUUGAUCUGUUUUCAACUAAACCAAAAGGUCCCUACUGUCCCAUCUGCCCCGAUCGCCGCUUCAGAGACGCUCACAAGCUUGCCAGACACAUGAGGACUCACACGAAGGAGAAACCGUUCAACUGCCCUGUCUGCUCUAUGAGCUUCAGCCAGUCGUACCACAUGACCCGACACCUGAGGAACCAGCACGGUGCAGGACAGCAUGUCUGCACUACCUGUGGGAUAACUUUACAGAGCUUGGCAGAGUUGAAAAGUCACAAGAGGAAGCACAAGUCAGAUGUUCUGUCAUAUCCAGAGUGUCGUGAAAAAUUAUCCAACAGCGACGUGUUUUCUAGUCAUGUCGAGUCAGACAGCAAAAGUUUCUCUACCCACACAGAGGGACAAAGUUCUCAGCAAAUUGAGAGAGUCAAAGUGAAGAUUGAAGAAAUAACAAGUGACGAUCCAGCUUUCGGCAACAGGGAUUUUCAGGAUACGGGAUCCAAAGUGAAUGUUUUGACGGAAGAAGGAAAUUCCGAUGAAGCACCAUCUCAAGAUGAAGGGAGACCGAAAGAAAACCCCACCGCCACUGCGAAAACAAAAGGCCAUUUCUGUCCUGUCUGCAUAAACAGACGCUUCAGAGGCCCAAACAAACUCGCCAGGCACAUGAGGACACACACAAAGGAGAAACCCUUCAGCUGUCCUGUCUGUGCCAUGACUUUUAGCCAGUCCUACCACAUGACCCGACAUGUGAGGAACCAGCACAACCUGGGCAAAUACAUCUGCUCUAAAUGUGGCAAAAGUUUCAGUAGCUGGCUCGAUAUGAGAGCGCACAAGAAAACCCACGCAGUCGAAGGCCUGACGUGUCUCGCAUGCGAUAAACAGUUCAAGGAGAAGGCUGCGCUUGCGAGCCACCUUAAAUUACACAAGAAGGUCGCGUCGGGUCCUCGAAGCCUCGUCUGUGGCGACUGUGGCAAAGAAUUCCGCCGAAUGUAUCACUUGAAACGGCACAUAGUGACUCAUAGGAAAGCAUCGAAUGGGGAGUGUUUCACGUGCCCUGAUUGUCAGAAAGACUUUGCCUUUUUGGAAGACCUCAACAAACACCUAGAGGUGCAUGUGAAAGAAAACAAGGGGACCUGCCCAAAGUGUAAUGAAACCUUUGGUAGUCUAGAAGAACUGGAGGCACACAUGGUAGUGCAUCAGAAGUCUUAUUCCUGCAGCACGUGUGGAAAGAAAUUUAAAGUUGAGUAUGCUCUGAAGAAGCACGAGCAAAGUCAUGGAAGCGAACAGUAUUACUGUGCACUGUGCCGCAAACACUUCCUCAAGCUUUCUCACUACAAGAGGCACUUAAUGGUCCACAACAGGCGCGAAUCUAAAUGUCCACACUGCAACACCGUCUUUCUGCAGUUAACCGCUUUGAAGUAUCACCUGCGGACUCAUACUGAAGAAAGACCGUACCAGUGCACCUGUUGUAUUGAAACCUUUGAGGAGAGGGAAGAUCUAGAGCAGCACUGCCUCAAACACAGAAAAUUCAAGAAGGAGAGGCCCUACUCCUGCACUCGGUGCGAUUUUGCUUUCUCCACCCUGAUGGAGCUGACGGAACACAUGAGUUCACACGAGGGAGAGCAGCCGCAGACCUGCGGCGUCUGCGGGAGGACGUUCCUGAACAAGAAUAAGCUGGAGAAGCACCUGACAAUCCACACGGGGGAGAGACCUCACCUCUGCUCCAUCUGUGGGAACGGCUUCCCCUCCGCAGCGAGCCUCAAGCUACAUGUGCACAUCCACACAGGAGAAAAACCUUACCAGUGUUCGCAGUGCAGUAAGAGUUUCAGGUCGUCCAGCGGGCUGCGCCUACACAGCAGACAGCACAUGGAGGUUCGGCCCAGUUACGAGUGUCCCCAGUGCGGUAGAACUUACGGCCGCAUGACAGAGCUGAAGAUGCACCAGCGCUAUCACACGGGAGAUAAACCGUAUGCGUGCACCUGCUGCAGCAAACGCUUUAUUAGCAAAGACAAACUAAAUGUUCACAUGAGGAUACACACAGGGGAGAGACCGUACUCCUGUCCCCACUGUGGACAGACUUUUACACAGACCGGGGACAGAAACAGACACAUCAGUAAAUUCCACCCGUGUGUACACGAGCAGAAAACAGAACAAAGGAGGAGAUCUUCUACCCAGCCCAGUCUGCUAUUUAACAAAAAAACUCUUCUCCAUCAAAGCUUCUGCAGGCCAGACUGCCCUGAUAGCUUUUGAAAAUCACCCACAUUUUGAGCAGCUUGAAAACUGACUGUUGUGUGGCAAUAUAUUUCUGUGGAGGAAAAAACAAAACUGUGUUACAUGUGCCAUGUACCAAUUCUUGGUUAAUUUCUUGCAGUAAAAUGUUCCAUAUUUAAUUCAUUUAAUAGGAUGAAGUUUUUGU